AAAGGAAUAAUAAACGUCAAACAGUCUAACCAUCCAACUAUACAGAGCGACAAAACUAUUUGUUUUGCUAAUGAAGAUUUUCUGGCAGUAUGAGCACCUUGGGGGGAACUAGGGGGGAGCGUAAUGCCAAGCCCAAAUUUGCCGCACUAGACAUCAAUAAGCUCUACAUAACCAGCAGAGGCGAAUCUUUAGAACCUUCAUCCCAAAAAAGUGCUGUUCCGCGUAAGCAUGGUAUGCAAAGCUUGGGAAAGGUGCCUACGGCUCGUCGUCCACCGGCAAAUCUUCCAUCAUUAAAGGCAGAAGUUGGCAAUCCUGGUGAACAAUCUGUUAGUUGGACUAGCGAUCAUUCCGAAGGACAAAAUUUGACCAGGAGCGCAAGCGAUUUACCGGACAAGAAUAACUCUUCUGCAAACCCAUUAAUUUCUAACAGUGGGGCUCAACAUCAAUCAGCAUCGCUUAAUAAUUCAAAAACUUGCGAAUCAUCAUGGAAUACGAACGAGUUCCCCUCCUUGGACGGCACUGGUUCGUAUGGCGGAAAUGUCAACAGCAAAUCUCAACAAUUCCAAGAUCAUUACCCUGGAGGCUCUCAAUCGAUGAUGAGGCCUCACAACGAGACACAGUUUCGUGUGCAGCAAAAAGGAUCGAAUGGUCGAGGAACAGUGCCCAAUAUUGCAACAGUAGAUAUAGAUGGCGGCGGUGGUGGUGGGAACAGUCUAAGUGGAACAACAGCGGCGACCAGUUCCCAAUCGCCACCUUUGCCCCCGCAGUUCAGGGCGCUAUUACCACCGUUUAUGCAGCGAGGAAGCGACAGUGGUUUGGGCGGAAACGAAAACGAAGGAGGAUCUUCUUCAUUGCCACUACUGUCAGCGGCUUCCCACCUUUCAACAUCAGUGAUGAGCAAUGAUUCCAAAAAUAACAAUAUCGUACCCAACGCGAACAAUAAUGACAAUUUGGACGACAGUAAGACAAGCAACAACAGCGGCAACAGUAGCAAAAGAAAUAACAUCUAUGAGGGUAUUGCUAAUAACAGUAGUAGUUUCGGUACCGUGAACACAGCGACGAAUGUAACAAAAAUAUCAAACCAAUUUCCGCAAAAACAGGUACCAAGCUCGGCGCAUUCUCAGCAACAACAAAACAAUCGUAUUGGUGGUGGAAACAAUUUUUCUUCAAUGCCUACAUCUAGAGGGGGGCGUGUUGUCAGAGGAGCAAGUGGUGCAAGUAGUAAUGCUGGAAGUGAAGGAAGCUCUGAAAGAGCAAGUGGAGCCGGUUAUAAUGAUAAUUAUCAGCAAGGAAACCGCCGCGGACCCAUGAAUCAUCAACCGCGAUAUGCUAACCGUGGCAUGACGGGAAUAGGAGCUGGAAAUUACAAUAGUUCAGUUGGUCAUGUGCGAAGUGAUGGAGGAGGAAAUGGUAAAGCGUGUGGUAAUGCUGGUAGUCCCAGCGGAUUCCACGAGGACAGUCGCAAUUCACAUCCACCAUAUGGAUCAGGUGUUCUAGCCGAGCAAGAGGUUGUUGUGCGACCCAUCAUACGCGAUGAAGAAUUACAGAGAUUGGAAGCAAUCGCCAAGGACGAAGGAUGGGCUAAAGAUUACGAAUUUGAUUACAAUCAGAAAUUAGAAUUUUCUGACGACGAACCGGAGAUCAAUCCUGCGCCAACUGUUGUAAAAGAAAAACAUACUACGGUGGGUAAAGAGGAUACUUACGAAAAAACUACUACAGGAAGUAUUGCUGAGAAAGAAAUUGAUUCCGGAAAAGUUGAUAGAAAUAUUCGUGGCAAGGAGCAUGGUGGCCCAGUAGGACACAAAGAACGUGAAUCGAAACAAGAUCAAGAAAGCAAUUCGAUACAAACAAACGUUGGUAGUAGUGUGCGUGGCGAAGGUGUGAUCAACUUAAACAUUUCUACUGGUGGUUUAGACGCAGCAGAAGCAAAAGAGCGCAUUAAGCAGCGUCGCGAAGAGGAUCAAAAACGUGAAAUCGAACGCAAACAGGCUGCCGCCAGAAAAUUACAGGAAUUGGAGGAAAAGCUAAGCCGCAAAAAGAACGAUGAAUCGAUGGAUUCAAAAUCAGGUAAUAAUGAUAAAGGCAGUAGUGGUGAUGCGAACGUUUCUGUAUCUUCUGCUAGCAAUGUAUCUUCGUCCGGUAGUAGAAUGGAAGAGGAGAAAUCUGUGGAAGGUAUAACAGCACACUCCAGCGAACGUACAAUAUCGAUAAAAAUUCGUGGUAAAAGUGGUGAACGAGCAAAUGUAAAAGAAAUAAGAUAUGAUUUUGGAACUGGCGGUGGAGGAGCGCGGCAUGAUCGUGAUGGAGGAAAUGUUGGAAACGCUGGUAAUAAUUGGGACAUGCCUGGAUUUUCCAAAACCUUUCAAUCGAAUUUGCCGCCGAGAUUCCAAAAGCGUAAGCUCGAAAGAAACACUACCAGUACAAAUUUGUCAACGAAUGCUAAUAAUGCGACUAGUAAUCAAAGUGUAUCGCGCAUAACUAAUAGUUACUCAUCAUCUGGAAGCACUGGUCCUCCGGCCACGAAUGCGAGCACCGAGAUUAAAAGUACUAUACCGUUUGCACAACAGUAUGAUCCGCGGUUUAUUCAUAACCAACAAACUUAUGGGCGAGGCGCAACUGCAAACGCAAUGUCAAACUCUCGUCGAAGUGGAAUGGCAAUAUCAGGUGCAUUAGUUCGCGAUGAACGCCAAAGGCAGCAAUAUGAACCGCGUGAUACGCAUAAUCAACGAGAGGCUACAAAAGAAAAAAUAGAUACCGCCGAAGAUAAUAGCCGCUUUAGUGCUGCAUUUGGUGGUGGAAGUCAAGAUUCGUCGAGCAAUCAGACUAAGCAAAAUGCGGGUGGCCGUAUUACACCUCAAUUGGUGCGCAGCUUAUCGGAAUCAUCUAAUCGUAAAACGAGUAUUUCAAGUGAUGAAAAUCAUCAUCAUGCUCAUCACUCGUCAUCGUCUACGCACAGUUCUGGAAAUGUUGUGACUAAGUCUGGCAAUUAUGGACGUGAAAAGUCAUGGGAUGUGGAAGCGGAAAAAGGAUCUUCUGCUUCAUCACCAGCUUCGUUCAGUGGUAGCGAGCGUCACCGCGAAAUGCCAUUACGUUUUGAUGGUGAACAACCGAAACAGAUACUGCAUCGCGUAAAGGAAACGACAUCGGAAAUAACGGACGUGAUCAAGGAAGACAAAAAUGCUAUCAAACGUAUCGCAAAGAGUGAAGAAUGUGAAUCAGCUCAGAAGGAUGCAGGGGUGGAAAAUAGUGAACAUUCAUCAUGCGAUUAUACUGCCACAUUACCGGAUUGUAAACCAAGUUUCGCGAAUGACGUUACAGAACCUGAGAGCAAUUCGAUCGAUAUCAAUGCUGCUGGUGCUGCUGAAAAGGUAAACAAAAUGUUCCAAUCGGAAGAAACUUCCUCUUCUGGAACCGUAGAAGCCAACAUUAAAGAGAAUAUGGAAAAUGAAUGUUCAAAAGAUAUAGCACAUUUGGAUGUUUCACAUCAAUCCAGAACUCUGUCUGGCACUGAAGAAAAAAAACAGCUGGGAAUGUCGUCAGUUACGCUAAGUGCGUCAUCGCAGCAACACAGUGGCAAAAAGAAAGGUGCACAAUUGGUCCAACAACAGCAGCAUCCUCGAGAUAAUCGACGACAUGAUACUCGCGGUGGAUCUCGUGGUGGUAGUUACACUGGGGGAUACCAUCGCGCAGAUGUUACUGGAACCUCUUCUACUAUGCGGGGCGGGACAAGUAAUUGGAACAGAUCUCGAGGUGGAAAUAGAGUCGGUGUAGGGAGUCGCAGUUACAACCAAGAUUACUGGAGCGAAUCUGAAUUUUCGGAGGAAGGUUUUGACGAGCAGCCGAAACUUCAUUUGCACCAAAAGAUUUACAAACAUUUUACAAUGGGAACUGCAGGAGCACAAAGCACAGAUGCAUGUAGCACAACGUCGAAGGAAGGUUUUGUACCGCGUGGUGAACCAUCAAGACGUGGCAGAGGUGGAGGAAAUGUUGGUUCAACUGUAGUCGUUGCCGGCUCGUCUAAUACUGCCAACCGCCAAAAGCAACAACAUGCGUCUUUCACUGGUUGUGGAGUAUCUUCAAUGGAUGGUUCUGGAAGCAUAAGUAAAAAAAUGGAAGGAUACGGCCCCCCAAGUUCAAAGAGUCCUUUUGGUGGGGGAACUGGGAAUAAUGACGAUAGAAACACAAAACAUCGUGUUGGCGAUAACUUGAGCAGCAAUGCAGCUGCUGGCUCCCCAACAAGAGACGAUCGAGAUGUUCAAAAUCGGGCAAGAUCGAUCGCUUUCACCGAUGCUGGUAAGGGGAUGGAAGAUAAUCCAACGUCACUGAAUCAUGAAAAACUCUGUGCGAUUAUAGGCGAAAGAAAAGCCGGUGCGAUAGAAGUUCGUAACGAUGAAUCUCAUUCCACAGAAGAUAAUGUUUCAUCUCAAAAAUCUAGCGGCCGAUCCAGCGUAUUGGAUAAUCGUAUGACGAUGGAAAGUAGCGAUGCAUGCGGUACAAAUAAAGCCGGAACUAUUACUGAGGACACGAAGACAAAAACAAUGGUCAACAUAACGCCGAUCACCAGUAAAAUCGCCGCCAGUUCCUUGACAACCAGUUUGGCAGAAGGGACUUCUAAUAUUGCGAAUAAUCAUUCAUCAGACAGUAAUUUAGCCAGUAUUGGAAUUGUUAGAGGAGGUGGCAACAGCCAUUUGGUGGCGCGCAAGCAACAACAGACUGUGUCGCGAGGUCAGGGAGGCAAGCUAUCGAACUCGGAUACUAUAGCCGAUAUUUCAUCUGGAGGCUCAAACGUCACUCAAGCAGUUUCAAACUUGAUGAACAUCAACAGUGGUGGAAGUAUAGCAGCCGCUAGCAUAGUUACUCGUCCGACAACAAUACCCAUUGAAGGAGAGAGACAUUUGCAACAACAGCAACAAUCUGUUACAGAUAACCUGGCUGCAUCUUCCUCAGUUAAUGAUGCCAAGACUGAUAAUGAUAAGCAUAAUCUAGAUGGCAAUACUCCUCCAGUUAAUACGAUAAUAUUCGAAAACACUAACUACAAAUCCGGCGUAUCUGUGGCUGUAUUGAGCGGAUGUUCUUCAAGCCCAGCAGUAGGCGAUUGCGGAGGAGUUGGCGGAGAUACCACUAUAAAUAGUUUGAGGCGUCAACAAAGUGGAAAUAGUGUCUCAACUUUUGGAUCGAAAGUAAGUGCAGGAUUAAUGAACGAGAAAAUGGCUGGUGGAUCUGCAGGCGUCGUAGGAGCGCUACAAUCUAUGGCAUCAAGUGCAUCAUCGCAUCGUCCGAUAGCUUCUCCAACAGUUACAGCAGCAAAUGAAAGUGGCUUGCAGCAUAACAUCGUGGGUGGUUCUCAAAGAACUGCACUUUCUGCAGGUAACAUGAUUGCAAGUUCGAUACAAGGAAUUCCGUUUCAAAAAAGUGAAAACGAAUACAAGGAUAUUAAAUCAUAUGCUUUUGAGACUGAUAUUAGCCAUUUAAUUGAUGGUGAAAAAGGCAUUAAGCAGCAAUCAUCAGUAUCUGCCGGUUUAUGCUUAUCAAAAACUAUAGAAGCAGAAGGAGGCGGUAGUAACCAUGGGGGAGGAGUUCCAGUGUCUGUAAAAAACAUGAUUUCUCCGUCAACUGCCGAUUUGAACAUGAAAAUAGCAAGUGUGAAAAAGGUUUGGGAAAUGCCAACUGUACCAGAACAAGCGGGAUCGGUAGUAAAUACGGGGAGUACAAGUAGUGCUAAUCGGGUCAACGUUGCAAACGAACACACAGUUAGUGGAACCGGAAGUGGUGUUGGCAGUGGAAGCAAUGUUCAUCUGAAAUCCAAUUUUGUUAGAGGUCCACAUCACGCAUCCCAUCAGCCGCAAUAUCAACAUCCGCAUCCUGGGAGUUCAAAUCAUCACGCUCACCAAACGCACGGGACGCAUCAGUCUUACGCAGCUGCUUUUGGUUCGGAUUCGGAUUCUUUGGUGGAUCAUUUUAAUAAUUCCAACAGUGUGUGCAAUGUAUCCAGCUCUGUGGGUGGAGCUAAUAAUGGAUGCGACAUUAAUUCUGCAAUUAAUCUCAACAAUGAGUGCAGCGACAGUUCCAGCGCAGCAUACAGUCUGAGUCAUCAUCACUCACAACAGCAACCAGCAAAGAGUCAUCAGCAGCAAACACAAGCUCAUCAGCUGCAACAGCAGCACCAGCAAGAAUUACAACAUCAACGACAAUCACAUAAUAUGCCGGAACCAGUUUCCCAGCAGUCUUCUCAACAACAGCAACAACACGGCCAGCAGCCACAGAAACAACUACAGCAACAUCAACCACAGCACUCACUACAACAACACACACAGCAAUUGCAACGUCAGCAACAACAGCAUAAGGAACAGCCGCAACAUAUGCAGCAACUGCAACAGCUGCAUCAGCAAUCGCAACAUAAAACGCAGACACAGUCUCAUUCCCAACCACAGUCACAGUUGCAAACGCAGGCUCCCUCGCAAACCCAGCCUCAAUCGCAAACGCAGACCUCUCAAUCGCAGUCGCAAGCCCAGUCGCAAUUGAAGACACAGCAACAAUCGCAACAAAUGCCGCAACAGCUCACACAGUCGCAGCCACAGCAACAUCCGCAUCAGCAUCAACAACAGCACCCGGCACAUAAGCAAUCACAACUUCAACAGCAGUUGCAACAGCAUCCGGUGCAACAACAUCCACAACAACUGCAGCAAUCGCAUCAUCAACAAUCGCUUCAAUUACAACACCAACAACAGACACAACUGCAAUCCCAACAACACGUUUCAUCUGUUGGUGUACAGCUGCCGCAGCAGCAACAGCAGCAGCAGCAACAGCAGCAGCAACAGCAGCAGCAACAACAGCAGCAACAACAGCAGCACCAACAGCAGCAGCAGCAACAACAACAUCAGGCAGCAGUUGCCGUAUCAUUGGGUCUAAACAAACCACAUCCAGUAGCUGAUGUGCUAGCAGCGGCAGUGGCAGCAAAUGUGAACGUUUGUAAGGUAAAACCCACGCAACAAAACAACAGUAGUGGCAUGCAUCAAUCCAGCAGCAUGGGAUUGUCGCCUCCGCCGCAGAUGCAAAGUGGAUCCAUACCUUCCGCUCCGCAACCCUUCUAUCCGGCUCAAUAUGGUGUAUCGGCCAUACCUUCGCCGCCAGCGGUACUGUAUAAUUCGCCCGCGGUCGCUGCCGCCGCUAUGAACUCGCAAGGUGGUUUAUACAAUGCAUUCCAAAUCGAGCCAAGCGGCCGUUCGCAAUUUUCACAGUUCCCAGGACACUACGGCACUUCCGGAACUGCAGGACCAUACAACGCAUAUAUGACAACGCCGACGAACAUGCAAGCCGGCCCUACACCCGAGAUGUUCCAAAGCCUGUCGUCUCAGUUUCGGAUGGGAUCGGUACAAUCGCCGUACAACCAAACUACGCAAAUGGGUAACCCGAACACAAUGCUCAUAUCGUCUAAUAAUAGUUCCCUGAUGUCGUCAUCCGUAAAAUCUUCCACGCAACAGAUCGGCGCUAUCGGACAAUCGAAGCCCAACGGGGGUGGAUCCGUUAGUCAGCCGCCAUACGGGCAACAAUAUCUUAACAUGUUUCCGCCCGCUCCACUGCAAAAUACGGCAGCUAACUAUUAUUCGAGCUCGGGUGGCAAUCAAACUGCAUUUUUUGGCACAGCUGCAGCAACAGGCGCUAGCACACAGAAUGCGUACGGUAUACCGGCAGCGGCAGUAGCGGCAUCCAACAUGUUUGGCAGCCACGGUGGACAGAACCCUUCAAACAAUCCACAACCUCCACCUCCUCAGCAACAGAUGCCGAGCUAUUCUUCUCAGUUUUUAAACUCGCCACUUUUAGCUGCUACGAAUCCAGCAAUGGGCCAGCAACAGUAUAGAGGAGCGCCAAAUAAUAGUUCUCAACAUUCUGGAGCCAAUGCUGCUGCGUACAUAAAAUCGAACCAAUCACCACAAUCAUCCCAUAUCCAGCAGCAACAACAGCAACAGCAACAAGAUACUGUGAGUUAUUAUUCAUUCUAUCACAAGUAGGCUGGUGGCGCUCUAUGCCUGCAUUACAAUGUUAUGCAUACGGUUACGGCCAUGUAUACAGAGUACGGUAGUCAGAAACACGAGCAUUAGUUGAUACGGAUGAUGAAGCUUACUAUUAUAAUCGCUUCUAUAUCAAGUUAUCUGUGUGCUUUUGUGCUACCAUCCCAGUCCCUGUUUUACGUUCAUUCGCGGGGGUAUAGUUAAAUUUGGUAACAUUCUAACAAUAGUGGGUUUGGCUUCCGCACAGUCAAACGCAGUAAAGUUACAGAAUAAUUAAUAUUUCUAAGGCUUGUAUGUUUAUUUUUACCUUUUGCUCUUAUCUUUAUUACAACAACACAAAAAUGGUAUAGGAGUACGUCAAUAAACUGUGUGUAAAAUGCA